AUGCCUGCUUAUGAGUGUCUUACAAAAGUUAAAAAUAUGUUAGUCAAUGAUAAACGAAAUGUUCGUUUCGGUGAUUGGACUCCAACUGAGGUGGAGAUUCUUAAUGAGCACUUAUUUAUCACAUCGAAACCAGUGAUUUAUUUGGUUAAUAUGUCAGAGAAGGCAUUUUUAAAGAAGAAAAGUAAAUGGCUACCAAAAAUCAAGGAAUGGGUUGAUGAACAUGAUUCCGGUGCAGCGAUUAUUCCUUUCUCUGCUGAUCUUGAACAAAAACUCAGUGAAAUGUCACCAGAAGAAGCUGGGGCUUAUAUGAAAGAAAAUGAAUUCACUACCAUGUUGCCAAAAAUUAUUCGUAUCGGUUAUCAAACAUUACAAUUACAAUAUUUCUUCACAUGUGGUAAAGAUGAAGUUAAAGCGUGGACUAUACAGAAAGGUUCAAAAGCUCCUCAAGCUGCUGGUCGAAUACAUACAGAUAUGGAAAAAGGUUUUAUCAUGGCUGAAGUUAUGUCAUAUGAAGAUUUCAAAGCAGAAGGUUCUGAAGCUGCUGUCAAAGCUGCUGGCAAAUACAAACAGAAAGGACGGGAAUAUAUUGUUGAAGAUGGGGAUAUUAUAUUGUUUAAAUUCAAUGCUGGUGCCGGUCUUCAAGCGAAGAAAAAAUGA